CAAAUAAAAGCAAUCAAUUCGAGGAAGGUCUAAGGGACAAAUAAUAUGCGGAAGCCGGGAUGGUAAGAAAAGCGCAAAGUGGAGCCUCGAUGCAAACAGCGGCUGCCCACUGACUCAGCGGAUGUACGUGAAAGGCAAACCGAUGCCUGCACUUCCGGGCCUCCUUCGGCCGCCCAUACGACGAUUUUCGGCGCUGCAGGACAUCCCAAGGUCUAACUUAUCAAUAACUCAAUCGGCGGGUGCGAAACUAUGCAUGCCGUACCUACAUAGUACAUGCAGACACGAGGAGCCAGAGAAAAGGCGACCGGAGAAUAAAAAAAAGCAAAAGAUGAGCGGGUGUAGAUGGAAAGCUCUCAAUCCCCGUGAGGAACGGUGCGUUAUCUGUCCACUAACAUCAAGUCAGCAAGGGCCCCUAAAUGUCAACUAACUAGCAACUCCUUUCAACUAGUUAGUAGAAUUAGUCCGAGUUGGUCAGCUCUCAUAAUUAGGCUGCAUUGAUAGUACAAUAGUCAGUUCAUUGGUUCUGUUGCCUACUGCAUAAUCUGCCUAAACAUGCGAGGCGUCAAUGAAAGGAUGGAGAUAGGCCAGAAU